ACAUUACUACGUGUCGACUCCACGUAGAUUUUACAACAACGAUCAGGUUGGCAUAUCAGACGUCAAAAAAAAACACUCCAUAAAGUUUUCUCAAGGAAUAACCACUUAUUUUAUUGUUAAAAUAAACAUAAAAAACAAUAAAAAAUGGAUCAAGUUAAAAAAUUCACUGAGCCAAGCCGCAAGUUCACCAAGGACAGCAUCAGACUUGUCAAAAGAUGUACAAAACCAGACAGAAAAGAAUUCAACAAAAUUGCUAUUGCAACUGCAAUUGGUUUUUGCAUAAUGGGAUUCAUUGGAUUUUUUGUUAAACUUAUCCAUAUUCCAAUCAACAAUAUCAUUGUAGGAUCAUAAUAAAUAUUACGGAAAUUAAAACAAAUUAAUAUUUAUUGUUAAAAAAAAUAUUUUGAUCACUUCCACCUUUUUUUCUUUCUUAAUUAUCAGUUAUAAUUUUAGUUAUAUUUAUAAAUAAAAAAAAAAUAAUAAUAAAAAAUUGAAUAUGAUUUCAUAAAAGAGAAAUAAACAAUUUUAUAAAAAAAAAAAAUUAAUAAAUAUGUAUAUCGUGAAUUAAUUGUGGCUUUAUAAGUUGUGUAAAUGUGCUGAAUGAAUUUUAUAAUUAAAAAAGAAUAUUUCAAUUGACUAUUGAAUUUUUUAUUUUUAAAAAUAAAAUUAUAUUAAUUAUCUAACAAAUAAAAAUAAUAACAAAAUUAUUAAUCAGCUAUAUGUUGAAAAAUAAAACAUAAAUAAUUAAAUUUUAACAUUUUAUAAAUGAAAUUGUUUGUUAACAUGCUGUUGCUCACUGGGGCUGUCAGUAGAAGUGGUUUGCAAAUUUUACAGGUUAAAAAAAAAACAAAUAGUAUAAAAAAAUUAAAAAUAGUAUUCAAGGCACUUUUUAUUUUGUUUUCUGCAAAUAUUUUUCUUUUUGAUUUUUAAACAUUAUUAUUUAUACAUUUAUUUAUAAAAAGAAGUUAUUUUCAAAGCUGGUUAUAAUUUGUAUAUUAUUUUUAGAGAAAAGAAAAAAAACAAUAACAUAUUAUAUGCUUGAUAAAAUUAUUUUAAAAUUAAUAAAUUAUUACAGAGUGUGCAUUAAUUUAAAAAUGAAUAAUAAAUAUAUAAUAAUAACUAAUUAAAUUUUUAAUUGACAAAAUAUUUAAAGAUAUUGUUAAAUAAUAACUUUACAAUAUUAACUUUUUUUUUGUUUGUAACACAUCGGCAGUUUUGCUAAUAAGUAUUUAUUAUUUUUUAAAUUAAUGCACACUCAAAACGCAACACAAUUUUUUUUUCAUCUUAAAAAAAAUAAAAAAAAAAAAAAUGCAAAUGUCAGCUAUGAAUUAUAAUGGACGUACUUGGCAGAUCUCAAAAAGUGCAUCCAAUAAUGGCAGCAUUAACAAAUUCAAUAAUUAUUGACAAUUUUUAUAAAAGCCAUUAAAAUUAUACUCAAAGAGUUUUUUUAGAUAAUGAGUAUCAAGAAAGUAUUUAUUAUUAAUUUUUUAAUUUUCAUUUGUUAAUUUUUAACAUCGUUUUUCAUCAUAACAUAUAAUUAACACCUGGCUAAUCAUGAAAACGCGUAACAUGUUCAAGUAAUUAUUGUAUUUUCAUCACUGAAUAAUCAUAUGAUUCUCCAGUUGUUCCAAGUUAAUAAGGAAAAUUUAAAAAUUUUAAAAAAUCGAAAUUUGCAAAAUUUUUAAAUCGAAAUACCUAAGUAUAUAUUUUUUUCAUGAAAAUAAUUUGAAAAUUUUAACGAUACUGACUGGAGUAUAACUUAAGAGUUACACAGAGGUAUGUCGUAGUUAAAAAAAAUAUAUAUUUAUAAUAAAAAUAAAUUUUUAGUUACGUUAAAUAACGUUUUAUAUAAAUUGCUAUAAAAUAUUCAUACAUACGCAAUGAAAAUAAUAUUAAUUAAAUAUAUCUGAUAGACUUAUUAGUAAGUUGGUAUAUCAUCUUAUUAAAGCACCAUGGCAUAUUUUCAUAAUUAAACAUGAAAAUCAAAAAAAAAAAAUAUAAAAAGAAAAGUUAUUAUAAUCUGUAUAUGAUUUUUUUUUUUUUUCAUUUUGAUUGGUUUUCUUUUUUUUAUUUGCUCAGAUCGAGCAAUGUGUCCUGCACUUUAACUCGUUACUCGUUACACAACUCAACUCUCUUUUUUUGUAAACAAAAAAAACUUCUUUUUUCUCUGUAUUGUUUUUAUUUUUAUAUUUUUAAUUUUUUUUGGCUUAAAAUUUAAGAUUUUGAUACGACGAAGACGUUUUUUUUU